GCUCCCGCUGUUGCGGUAACUGUGGUGCAGCGAGCAAGUGCUCCGUUUCGAACUCGCAUCGCCCGGUGUAACAACGGAGGAUGGCGUUCAACGGAGACGGUCCGCACUCAAAGAGGCAAAGGCUGGAGGAGUCCGGACACAGGAACCACGAAUAUGGCGGAUACGGAGACGAACCACGUCGAAAAAGAGAAGACAAUAAUAAACCGAACCACGUCCUCCUCUUCACAAUUAUCAAUCCAGUUUACCCAAUCACCGUGGAAGUGUUACACACGAUCAGUACACCCAGUGGUCAGGUUCAACGCAUCGUAAUCUUUAAGAAAAACGGCGUGCAGGCUAUGGUUGAGUUCGACACGGUGGAAUCGGCAACCAGAGCAAAGGAAACGCUACAUGGGGCAGACAUAUACUCCGGCUGCUGCACACUAAAAAUCGACUUUGCAAAGCCGACAAAGCUCAACGUCUACAAGAACGACGCCGAGAGCUGGGACUACACGACGCCGGCGCUGGGCUCGAGCACACACAAAAACGACGCGACAGGAAAUGGAAGGCCGGCUCCCCUUUUGGCCGAGCCAAGAUACGGCGCCGCCCCCCAGCCGUACGGCUCCACGCCGCAGGUCACCUUCCCGCCGGGCGCCGGCCACGAUCGUUACGAGGAGAACUUCAACGGGCCGGCGACGUACGCGGAGCCGUACGUCGAGCGUUACGGCAUCAAGAGCGAUUUCAGCGGCCGCGAGCCGUUACAUCCCACGCCACCUCGGCCGGGUUACGUGCCCACCCUGGGCCAAACGCCGCCCUCCAGCACGCAGGGCUCGGUCAUGAUGGUGUACGGACUGCAGCCGGACAAAGUCAAUACUGACAAGCUCUUCAACCUGUUCUGCUUGUACGGCAACGUGACGAAGGUUAAAUUCCUGAAAACGAAGGAGGGUUGCGCGAUGAUACAGAUGGGAGACAGCAUAGCCGUGGAACGGUGUCUACAGAACCUGAACAACGUCACGAUCGGAACGGACGGCAGGCUGCAGCUCGGCUUCUCGAAGCAGGCCUUUCUCUCAGAUGUAACCAACCCCUACAUACUACCCGACAAGACGGCGAGCUUCAAGGACUUCACGGGAAGUAAGAAUAACAGAUUCCUGAAUCCCGCGAUGGCCAACAAGAACAGGAUACAACCACCGUCGAAGAUAGUCCACUUCUUCAACACCCCGCCGGAUCUAACCGAGGAAACAGUGAAUCGCGUGUUCGUGGAGCGCGGCAUCGAGGCACCGACGACGAUCAAGCUGUUCCCCCUGAAAUCGGAACGAUCGUCCUCCGGCCUGAUCGAGUUCAGCAGCGUCGGUAUCGCGGUGGCCGCUAUCAUGGAAUGCAAUCACACGGCGCUCGAGAACAGCAACGGCAAGUUCCCCUACAUCAUGAAGCUCUGUUUCUCGUCGUCGCGCACCAUACCCACGAGCUUCCCGCCCAGCAGCGGCAGCGCGUCGAGCAAUUCCGCUGGUAAUGGCCACGUCAAAAUGCAGCAGGACUCGGAAUAGAACGGCGAGGUCCAGGGCCAGCAGCGUCAGCGUCACCGCCAGCGCCCCUCACUCGCCGCCCUGCAUCCGUUGUGUGCCCCCGCGACGGCGGGCACGGCCCUGCACCCCGCAGCCACAGCGAUAACGCUGUCUCCAGUCCUACCGCCGCCGCCGCCAGUACCGCCGCCCCUGCCGCCACCCACCUGUCUCCUGAUAGCCACCCCGACCCUUUAUCCGACCGUACCGCCACCACCUCCGCCCCCAUUGCCUACCUUCUGGCCCUACUGAUACGGCGGGCCCGUACCCUGACGGGCUGGGUGAGACGAACGCACGCGAGAUCGGCCGAGGAUGAACUCUCCGAGGACGAGAAGAAUAAUCGGGGUCACGUUUCCCCGCGGCGACAAGGAAACGCACGUCGCGGCAGCGUUUAUUUUCGAUCGAACGCGACAGGGAGACCGGACCGGUCGUGUGUUCCGCCGGCCUGUCCGCCGAGGUCUACCGGCUUCGGAAAAGGGUCGCGUGUAUUCUUGGACACGUCGCUCUCGGAGUCUUCAUCCCGUCGCGGUCGAAGGCUUGGGAAAGUUUCCGAUGGUACGGUGUGUAACUCGACGCCUAAAUAGUACCGUGUCCCGCUAGAGACACGUUGUCAACGUGGGUCGGACACGGGGGACUCGGCGUCCGACGAGAGGUGGGGUAUAUAAGUGCAACGGAGGAGACACGUCGGAGGGAAAACGUCGCGGCGGAGCAGCGUCGUCGGUGCUGCUGAAGCCGCGGGGAAUCCUUCGCGGCCGGCUGGUCACGAAUUUUCGCGGCGUCUCGCGGGGAAGGGCGAGACGAAUGACACGCCGCGUUCCAAUUUUGGAGACCUCCUGUAAAUAGCUCGGAGACCAGCGCGGCCUCCGACGCGCAUACAUAUCAAAGGGCUUGGAAGUAAAUCGGUACGUUACGCGAGGAACCGCGCGCGCGGGCCAUUUUUUUCGCGGAAACCUGUCGCUCGACGGAUCGGCGCCCGGUGCCGAGGAAUUUCUUUGAGAGAACCAAGGACCGUCUCGAGCAAGAUUGCCACACGAGAAAGCGCUCUGAAGAGGGAUAGAAACUUGCCGGGCCAGAGAAGAUGCUGGCGCUCCAUUAGUUAAGAGAGAUGGAUCGAAGAAGAUGAAACGACCCGGGGAUAGAGCGAAGCUGUCUCGGAGAAGAGGCAGCUCGCGGAAAGUUUGGCCCCUCCGAGAGAGAAAUCGUUCGGAGAAGUUUGAAGAUAUCUCUCGGAAAACAGUUGAAAAUACGAUCUAUCAGAAAGGGAAUGGUUGAAGGGUGAUGAAGAAUCUGAGAUGACUUCGUAGAACGACUGAAAAGGAGACUGAAUCUGUUUUCCGACCACCGUCGAGAAGGUCAUCUGCCGCUGCUGAUCUCUCUUGAUAGUAAUGGGACGGCUCGGGGACGGUCCAACUGCUUUGGAAGAGGAAUCGCGUUCGAGGAGGAGGAUCGAACCUCUCGGAAGAGGGGGACGGCUGGGAAGAUCGAGGAAAUCCUCUCGGAAGAGCGCGGCUCCGCGGGAGGGAACCGGACGCCGUGUCGAGUGCGAAAAGUGCGGAAUCCCACGUGGUUGCUCGCGAAGCAGACAGGUGGGCGCUGCUUCCGCGAAGCCCGGAUAUAUGGCGUCUCGGCGUUCUCACGAUCGCGACGAGGCGCUCUCUCGUUCGUUCGCUCGCGUCACCUUGAUUGAUUCACCCCCCGAAAACUCACGGCGCCGCGGCGCUACGUCCGCGACGCCACGACAUUUGUUCUGAAGCCGCGCCAGCGCGGCCCCUCGACGACCAUAUUCUGUGGGAUCCAAUAAACGAACCGGAGAUUUCUCACCGACCACUUAUUAAGCACGGGAAAUAGAAUUAUAGGGGAGUGUUCAGAGGAAUGAUCUGAAUCAAUCGUGCUCCAUAAAACUGCGCGACCUGCGAGAACGCAGCCAAUCCCGCUUUUGAGUGUCUAAUAACGCGCUGCUCGUCGUGAUAAGCUCGGCCCGCGGCGAGCGUCGCGCGGCAAUGUUUUCUCCUCGUCGUUUACCGCGAACAUCCGUUUUUUUUUUUUUACAUUAGCGCCGAUAUUUUAACACUCAUCCGGACAAUCUGAUCCGAAAUCUCUUUUUAACAUGGAUAAUGAUUUCGUAUUGGAACUCUUGAACGAAGACUAUUCUGAAUAUUUAAUUAGAGUAACGAUGUUUUUAAGGAUUUGCGGCAACAAGUUUGUAUUCUACAUAGAGUAACUUUUGCAUGCAGCUUUUCUCUAUGGCCUUUGACCUCAAUCUAGUCGCGAAGAUUUUUAAUUAUUAUUUAAAUUACCAAAUCUAAGUGCAAACGCUUACGGUCACGCUUCACUGGCGACUUGCACUUACUAUACAACAAUUGGAAGGAAAAAGAUUUUUAAAUACUUAGAUUUAUCAAUUAUUCUGACAUAUAAAAUAAUAUUUAACGUAUUGUUUCAUAUGCAUUCUUAUAAUUGUGCAUUCUAUAAAUCUGUAGAAUUUGAAACUUUGUUGCGUUUUAGUUUUAAAUCUUUGUAUCUCCAAGUAAGAAAACAUAAAGUCGCUAUUUUACGAACGACAUACUUGCUAAUUUUCUUUCUUGUGGCUUUUCCUAUGGAAAAGGCAUUUUAGUCGCGAGAAUAAAGUUGUACCGAUUCCGGUUACCCGGAUCAGAGUCGGAUCACCUUGUACAAGAUACAAUUACUGAUAACGACGAGGGUGGAAACGCUGGGUGGAAAGAAGAGAGGCACAAUUUGUGUCAACCAGGAAUAGAAUCCACCGUUGACAAGGUGCAACCGAAUAAACAAUGGAGAACCUAAGAGUCAGCUGCUAAAUUUCGAUACUUUCAACAAAAGUGUUUUUUUUUAUUCUCUUUUACGGAAGUAAAUGCUUUUGUUGUUUAGCUUAUACAGGGAUGAGGGUCGGGGGAUCGAACCUGUGACCCUACCAGUAACGAUCAACCGCGUUCACGCGGAGCCACGUGUCAUCCCAAUUAAUCUCGCGAUCGAACGUGACCGCCCGUCACGUUGCCGAUCUGUUUUUAUGAUGGACGUGAAAGAUUAAGCCUCGACUGCUUCUUGAUUUCCCUACGUCGCGCGGGGCUUCUCGCGGGUCCUAAACAUAUUAACAAUAAAGUCGUCUAGACUGCUAUCAAUUAAGAGGACUAAACCGUUUCCACUCUGUCUUCACUUGUACCUCCGCUUCUCCAAUCGAAUAAACGAAGAAAUCCCCGGCCCACCUUCUCCUCCCCCUCCCUCCCCCAAUUAAAGCUGUAGUGUUCAGGUUGCGACGAGACGACACGUAUCGGUGCUCGCGCGCUCCGACGAGCGCCGCGCGGCACCCCGUACACCUUUGAUCAGAUCGCGGAUUCUGCGAAUUGAGAAUUUUAUAUAUCGAAGCGAAGAGAAAAUGAAUAAAAAAAAAGUACACACACGUACACCAACACGAUAAUAAAGAACGAUGAAGUCGACGACACACAAAAAAAAACACACGAUAUAUUAGUGUCCCUCGGUAAUAUUUUGUCGGGCCGAGGGGCGUUUUUAUAAGAAUGGUUUUAGAUCUCCGAACAAAUUUUGCGAAGCGAACCAAACGACUACUACUAAACUAAAAUAAAUAAAAUAGACUCUUUGACUUCUCGGCCAUACGUAACGUAAGAUAAUAAGGGCCGAAACGCGCGCGCCCUUGAAAGAUGCGUGAAUAUCAACCCGCCGUUUUGUCCAUUGUCCGUGAGAGAGAGAGAGAGAGAGAGAGAGAGAGAGAGAGAGAGAG